CAUCGUCAGGAUGGGGGCGACAAAGGAACGAUUUGACAGCUUGUCAGGCAGCAGAGGGAGAACUUCCUGCAUAUAACGUUAGUUUAUAGCUGGUGGUUUUGUUAUUUGCGUUGUUGGCCUGUUCUUGCUAUUCCGUCGACUUCAAUCCAGUCAUGACAUCCACAUUAGACGAAAGCAGCAAGGAAAAGAUGCGUGCUGUGUCUGUGGAUCUAAACAAUGACGCCUCUCUUCUCAUUGACAUUCCUGAUGCACUCUGUGAAAGGGACAAAGUCAAGUUUACUGUCCAUACAAAGACCACACUUAGCUCUUUCCAGAAGCCAGAGUUCUCCGUUCCCAGGCAGCAUGAAGACUUCAACUGGCUACAUGACACCCUGGUUGAGACAGAGGAAUAUGCUGGGCUCAUCAUUCCUCCAGCGCCCCCAAAGCCUGACUUUGAGAGCCCAAGAGAGAAGAUGCACAAACUGGGGGAAGGUGAAGCCACCAUGACCAAGGACGAGUACACUAAAAUGAAGCAGGAGCUGGAGGCUGAAUACCUGGCUGUUUUCAAGAAAACUGUUCAAGUGCAUGAAGUCUUCCUGCAGAGAUUGUCCUCUCACCCCGUUUUAAGCAAAGACAGAAACUUCCAGAUUUUCUUAGAGUAUGACCAGGAUCUGACUGUGAGAAGAAAAAAUGCCAAGGAAAUGUUUGGAGGAUUCUUUAAAAACAUGGUGAAGUCGGCCGACGAGGUCCUUAUCUCAGGAGUAAAGGAAGUCGAUGACUUUUUUGAGCAGGAAAAGACGUUCCUUCUCGACUACUACAGCAAGAUAAAAGAUUCCACUGCCAAAGCAGAGAAAAUGACUCGCUCACACAAAAAUAUUGCGGAUGAUUACAUUCACGUCUCUGCCACUCUGAACAGUAUCUCUGCUGAUGAUAGCACAGCAAAUAAGAAACACCUGGAGAAGUUGUCAGACCUGUUUGAGAAGCUCCGAAAAGUAGAGGGAAGAGUAGCAUCUGACGAGGAGCUGAAACUCACAGAGCUGCUAAGAUAUUACAUGAGAGACAUCCAGGCCGCCAAGGACCUUCUGUACAGGCGAGCUCGGGCGUUAGCUGACUAUGAGAACUCUAACAAGGCUUUGGAUAAGGCUCGACUGAAGAGCAAGGAUAUCGCCCAGGCAGAGGAGUACCAGCAGCAGUGCCUGCAGAAAUUUGACAAGCUCUCAGAGUCUGGGAAGAAAGAACUCACCAGUUUCAAGGGCAGGCGUGUUGUUGCCUUCAGGAAGAACCUCAUAGAGAUGGCUGAACUCGAGAUAAAACACGCCAAGAACAAUGUGAGUCUAUUGCAGGGAUGCAUUGACCUGCUCAAAAGCAACUGAUAUGUUUUCAAGUGUUCCUGUCCUACCAUCACCAAGUGACCAGUCAUAGCAAAUGGAAACCUGGCGUCCUCGGGGCCUUGCAUGGACAUGACUCCAAGCCCCAUCUCUGCUCCUACCCAUGGGUCUGAUGCCACUUAAAAACCCUGCUGGAGACUAAGUGUCUUGUUCACAGAAUGUCUUCAUGUUUACAGAGUCCCUGUCCUCUGCUCCAUGAUCCAUCCUUUUCCAAUAUCUUUGGAAGUCUAACUCAUUGUGAGUGCCUCCAGAUAAUGAGGCUGCCAACAUUAAGGUCUUCGUUUCCUUUGCAGCACCAGUAGAGGUGAUCCCCCCCCCCCCCCCAAUUUUUUGUUUUCUCAUUUCUUACAUUAUGCACAUAAUAGAAAUCCUUGUCUUUUUUUGAUCGUACUUCUGCCUCCAUAAAUUCAGCCUCCAACCUAUUCUUUCAUAUACCCUUUUAAAUUUUUUCUUGGAGAAUGUUUUUCACAUAGCCAUAACUUAAGUUUUAUGAUUCAUAUGUUUAAUCUGUUGGGAUUUUCUUUGUUUGCUAAUGGGACAGUUUUACAGAAACAAAGCUAGUCCCUGGAAAAACAUCCUCAUGCUUUGAAUUCCCGGGUUCUGAGAUUAGAGUGCAGACAAACCAACCCUGUAGUAAGGAAACUCAUGACCAACUUGGUAAUCAAGACAGAUCAUCUUCAAGUGUUCAAGAAUAGCUGCACGUCACCUCAGGAAUGGACAGCUGGAUCGGUCCCCAUUUUCUUGUUUGUAAGAAGUGGCUAGUUUUGCAAAUAUGGAUGAGCGAGAGAUUGGUGAGGAGGAGAGUAAGUCAAACAAUAAGUUAAUUGAGCAUUUUUUAUCUCGGCAAAAUAAACAUUAGUAAUGACUGAGUCUGCAUUUUGUUAUUUGCACAAGGCACUCAUAAUACCCCUGCACUACAUGUAUUACGUCCUCAGCAGCUUCGUCGCCCAACCAACUGCCAAUUCACUCUUUCCUUUUAAGUGUGUAAUUAUUGUUUUUCUUUAUUUUUCCCUGAAUUCCCCUUUUGUUAUUGUUGGGGUCUCCUAUCAGACCUGUUGCAUUUACCAGAUCUUCUAAACAGUUUGUUAAUUUUAAACAGUUACAAAAACAUGCACUAAGAAGAUGGAGAAAAAAAACCCUUCACAAUCAAGACCAGGCUCGGUGGAGCGUUAAAAUGCAUUGUAGUUUUAUAAGAAAUUGAAUGUAUUUCUAAUGGAUUCCAGCUGUGUGAAUUCCUUUACAUGACACUUUUCUUACAGAACAUUAGCAUUUUAUAAAUUUGUAAUAAUGGCAUUGAAUAAACUCCUACUUUCCCAAGUUUGAUCUGU